AUGGAAGUUUGCGUCACCACCCUGAGCGGUGAAAGUUAUCAACUGCUAGCAGAUCCCACCUGGGCAUCGCGUGACCUGAAGAUGGCGGUCAAGACCGCUUCAGGCAUCCGUCUCCGUGAACAACGCCUGAUCUGUGGCACGAAAGAACUACCAGAAGAUCUGCCCCUGGCCUCUCUAUGCCCAUCGGACGAGAUGAUGAGCGUGACCCUCAUUCGUCGCCCAGCUGAGCAAGUCCAACUACUGGAGGAUUUGCAAGAUUCACAUCAUCCCAAAAGAGUUCUGCGAGAAGCACCGGCAAAGUUCCGUUCGGACCGCGAAGUCGUGUUGACAGCUGUGGUUCGAGAUGCUUCCUGUCUCAGCCUGGCUGACAAGACACUGCAACAGUGCCGCGAGUUUGCCCUAAAUUUAGCAGACCGGAAUGGCAUGGCCUUGAAAUAUUGCACUGCAUUCCAGGACGAUCCCGAAGUUUGCAUGUCUGCCGUGAAGCAGGACGGCUUUGCCUUGCAAUAUGCUUCCCCAGCUUUGCGCAAGAGUAAAUCAGUGGUGCUUGCCGCUGUGGGCCGGGACGGCUUGGCCCUGGAGUUUGCAGCGCCAGAGCUGCGACAAGACAAGGAGGUCGCGCUGGCUGCACUUGAGCAAGAUGCAUUCAGCAUGGACUUCGUUGCGGAUUGUCUGAAAGCAGACCGGGACUUUCUCCUGUUUGCUGUCUCCGUAAAUGGUAGAGUUCUGGAGCGCCUGGCCGAAGAUUUGCAGCGCGACCAAGAGAUCGUCCUGGCCGCAUGCCAAGAAAGCAGCUCUGCGCUCCGUUUCGCCCACACGGCACUCCGCCAUUCAGAGGCCUUUGUGCUGACCCUUUUGCAACAUCGCCUCUGCAGGCUCAAUUACCCUGCGGAAGAACUCUGGGCCCGUAAAGAGUUUGUGCUGGAGGCAGUGAAAUCCCAUAGUUCAGCGCUGCAGCUGUCAGUCCCGUCGCUUCGUGAAGAUCGCGAGGUUGUCAUGGCUGCAGUCCAGAAACAUGGCUACAGCUUGCAGUUCGCUUCCAAGGAAUUGAGGGGAGACCGCGAGGUUGUCAUGAAAGCAGUCCGCCAGUACGCCAACGCCUUGGCCUUCGCAUCUGAAGAACUGAGGGCUGACGCACAGCUUGUAAUUGCUGCAAUAAGCAAAGACGGUUGCGCCCUGCGUUUUGCGGCUCCGGCAUUCAGGGCAAAUCGAGAUUUCGUGCUACUGGCAGUGCGCAGCCGCGCUUGCGCCUUGCAAUUUGCAGCCAAAGAACUCCGACUUGACGAAACAGUCGUGCUGCAUGCCCUUGAGGCCGAUUUGAGUGUUCUGGAGAUUGUAGAAACUUCCCUGUGGUCACAGCCCAGCUUCCUGACGAAAAUUAUGCGAAGACACGGCCACCAUGAACACGUGGCCAGUUUUUUGGGUCAGCCCUGCAAGAAGCCCAGGCGAGCUUUCGAGUGA